AUGCAACAUGCAACACCGCAGGUGUCCCCGAAGCCAUGCAACUCGGCCGCAUUGUCGUUUACAGCUGUGCCGAGUUUAAGUUUUCAUCUGACCGGAUCAGGCGGACGAUCUCACGUCCUGUCAAAGGCCUGGAAUCAAGCCAGCGAGCUGUUGGACAGCGAGCUGCUGCAGCGCCUGUUCCGGGAGGCGUGUGGCCUCACAGAGAACGAGCUCUACGAGCGGCUCGCAUCUUGGGAGGACAACAGCGAUGAUAGAGGGCUGCAGCAAAGGCAACAAACAGAGUCAACCUUGCGAGGGGAAGUCUCCAGGCUCCAGAAAGAAGUGUCGCAGCUGCGAGACGAAGCAUAUGCAGCAAAGAAGAAGGCAAUGGAUGCCGAGCUUGCGCAAACGAAGACAGCGGAGAAGAUCGAAGCCCGAAUGAGCCUUUCCCGGCGUCAAUUGCAGUCAAUCGCGCGUGGCAUGGGCGCGGCAAGUGGCCUGGCCGAGCGGUGCCGGGACUUGCAACACCGGGCAGAUGUGUUGAACCUCGAGCUGGGCUCCCUGAAGAAGGCUGCCAGGCAAAAACGGCAAGCGAUGGAGGAUUGCUCCCGGGACGCUCGUGAACUGGCCCAAAGACUGGAGUUGGCGGAGAAGGACCAGCCGGGUUCGACUUUGUUGGUGGAAGCUGAGGCCGCGGACUUGCAGUCCGACUUCAGGGCCGAAGUGGUCUCGCUUUUGACUGAAAGAAGUGAGCUCAGGGAGUCGCUUCAGAAACAGAAGGAGAUGGUAGAGCUGCAGCAGCUGCUUGCUGACGAGAGGAUGCUGCUGGAAAAACGCCGGAUGUCUGCAGCUGACAUGCUGCGUGAAAUCGCAGACUUGGAGGAGCAGGCUGACGACCUCGAGCGAAACAGUCAACGUGUCCUUGGCGAGAUGCGCAACUCCUUGGAGAGGCUGGCGAUGCAGGUUGAAGAGCUACGCCGCGCCAAGGAUCAGGCUGAGGAUUGGCUUGGGGCAGUCUGGGCAGCUUUGAACCAGCAGCGACGGGAGCAACUGCUCCUUCACCAGCGAGUAAAGGAAGAGGAUGAUUGGGCAGGUCGCCUGCAAGAUCGGACAGAAUCACUAGUGGUGGAGCUGCAAGUGCUUGAGAAAGAGACACACGCGCAACAGAGGAUCCCGGAAACACCGGACAAGGAAACGUUUCGCUCGCUGGCGCUGCUGCAGCAAAGCAGGAAAGAUGCUCGCCAAGCUCUGUCUCGUCAGUUGGCUCGAAGCCGUCAGGUGCAAGGUUCCCUGAAAGAGGCGGAGACCCAGCAGAUCUCCCUGUUGGAAGAUUUGCGACCGGUGAGGCCGAUGCUGACCCUUAGUUGA